GUCACUGGUCUGCCGUCUGGUCCAUGAUUUUGAAUUUUGAGACUUGCGUUGUAAAUUGGUAUUCGGUUAUUACAUGGUUAAUACAUUGAAUUGAUUAAUUUAACGUCGUUAAUAUCUCGUUAGAGAGUACCUAUUUGUAUUCCUUGAUUAUUCCAAUCAAGGUGGGAAGUUUACCCUGUGGUCUUGCCUAUAAAUAAAUAUGUCUAUAGGCACUGUUUAUGAAAAAGCAUAUAAAGGUGAUUUCAAUCAAGUUAAAGUUAAAAUUGACGAAAAUAAAUCCUUAAUAGCAGUUGCAGACACAAAUAACAGACUACUUAUUCAUUGGGCCGCCUUGGGUGGCAAUGAAAAUCUUGUGGAUUUUCUCAUAGAUUUGGGUAGCCCUAUUGACCCAAAUGAUGACACAAACUGUACUCCAUUAUUAUUAGCCUCUUCUGCUGGCAGGUUAGAGGUUGUAAGACUUCUAAUUGGAAAAGGAGCUAAUGUAAAUCACAAAUCAAAUCGUGGCCAAUCAUCUUUACAUUAUGCAUGUUCAAAAGGACAUAUAGAGGUAGCAAAAUUAUUAAUUGAUGCUGAUGCUAAUAUAAAUGAGGUAGAUAUACUGGGUGCCACACCACUCCACAGAGCUGCUGCCCAGGGAAGAUCCAAUAUAGUUGAAUUGCUUUUGGCGAGUCCAUUAAUUCAAGUAGAUCUAAGUGACUCUACUGGUUGCACAGCAUUACAUUUAGCUUGUGAAGAGGACAGAGAAGCUACUGCAUGUAUGUUAGUUCAAGCUGGGGCGAAUUUGAACGUAAUCAACAAGGAAAAGAAAACUCCAUUAGACGUUUGUUCCAAUAAAUUAAAAAAAUCCUUAAUAAACUUAACUAUUUGAA